AUGGCGAUCUUCCGACACAGCUCAGAGAUUUCCGACGACGCCCGGGGCAGCGUUGUGGUGAUCGGCAACUUCGAUGGCGUGCACAAGGGCCAUCAGACCCUGCUGGCGGAUGCCCGCGCCUUGGCAGCCCGGCUGUCCUGCCCGCUGGCUGUGCUCACCUUCGAGCCGCACCCGCGCUCGGUCUUCGCGCCGGACCAGCCCCCCUUCCGCCUGACCUCCCUGCGGUCCAAGGCCCAUGCGCUGCAGGAGCAGGGGGUGGACCACCUCUUCGUGCUGCACUUCGACCGGGCUUUCUCGCUGCAGCCCGCCGUGGCCUUCGUCGAGCAGGUGCUGGUGGCCGAUCUGGCCGCCCGGCACGUCGUGGUCGGUUGGGACUUCUGCUUCGGCCACAAGCGCCAGGGCAACGUGGCGCUGCUGAAGUCGAUGGGCGCGAAGCUCGGUUUCGGCGUUACGGCGGUCGAUCCGGUUAUGACCCACGGCGGGGCGGUUUAUUCCUCCUCGAUCAUCCGCCAGCACCUGCGUGACGGCGCCCCGCGCCAAGCCGCCGAACUCCUCGGCCGGCCCUGGGAGAUCGAGGGGCGGGUGGAGAAGGGCGACCAGCGCGGCCGCACCAUCGGCUUUCCGACCGCGAACCUCGCGCUCGGGGACUACCUCUGCCCGGCCCUGGGCGUCUAUGCGGUCUAUGCCGGCCGCGAUCCGGGGGUGGAGCACGGCGCGGAAACCCGGUGGAUCCCUGCCGUCGCCAACCUCGGCCGGCGACCCACGGUCGCGGGCGAGGACCUGCGCCUGGAGGUUCACCUCUUCGACCACGAUGCCGAUCUCUACGGCGAAACCCUGCGGGUGCGCUUGAUCGACUAUCUGCGCCCGGAAAAGAAGUUUGACGGACUUGACGCUUUGAAGGCACAAAUCGCCCUCGAUUGCGAUCAGGCUCGCGCGGUCCUGGGGCAGAUCGGCCCGAACUGA